UAUGGAUAUGCCCGAGAAACAAUUCUACACUGCUGUGGAAACCGAGGCAUGCUUCGGAAGUCCGAAGUUUAUAUCGAAUGGUGUGAUGUUGGCAGAGAAUCCAGUGAAUCCCAUGACCUCUGACUUCCUCCAGAGGUCACACAGCACCAAACAUGGACAGGGGGCGGUGUCCAGGAGGUCGGGGCAGCUGCAGAGGGCGGGCACGUCCAAGCGCACCCGUUACCUGGGGGUGGAGACGUGGGCGGAGCUUGUGUGGGACAGCUGGGAGCUGGGCCGGGAGUACACCAAGAGCCUGCAGCUGAAGAACGUGCACGGGAAACUGCAGAAGCUCAGCUUCAGGCCCCCUGUCUCACGGGUCUUCUCCACGCCGUUCCCUCACACCAUCUCUCUGAGCCCCGGCACGACCUCCACCCUGCCUGUCACCUUCCGCCCGCUGGAGAGGCGUGAAUAUUCGGACAGCAUCGAGUUCCGCAGUAGCAUGGGAACCUUUCAGGUGUCCCUGCGUGCCACCGUCCCGCGCCAUGCCCUGCUGUCCCCCGAAUCAGUGCUGCUGCCCCCCUGUGGGGUCCUAGACAGCUCCCAAGCCUCCUUCCUGCUUCGCAACUCCAGUAAGCUGCAGACGCACUUCCUGUGGGAGGUGAGCGAUCCAUUCCGGCUGUCUCCGGAGGGCGGCGUCCUGGGCCCGGGGGAGGAGUGUCACAUGACAGUGCUGUUCAGACCACAGGGGGCGCUGGUGUACCGGGUGGAAGCAGUCUGCGUGUUUGGAGAGCAGGGGGAGAGGCGGUGCAGUGUUCUCUUACAGGGCCUGGCCAAGUACCCCCACUUUCAGCUGUGUGGCGUGGAGCAGGAGGAUGGCUACAGUGUGCUGGAGUUUGGCAGCGUGCCUAUCGGCCAAUCCCUGAAGAGACACUUCCACAUCCUCAACCCAUCCUCUGUGAGCGCCUCCUUCAGGCUGGCGGGGGUAGGGCGGGUGCCGCUGGAGGGCUCCGCGUUUGUGUGCGAGGAGCAGGAGGGCCGCUUGGCCCCCGGGGGCCGGGUGAAGGUGGCCGUGUGCUUCUCCCCCCAGGCGCCCGACUGCAGCAGCGUGGAGUACCUGCGCCUCACCUGCCACGGGGGGCCCAGCAAGGCCUUACUCAAGCUCCACGGCAACAGCACAGGCCCGGAGGUGUCAUUGCAAGCUGCGGUGCUGGACUUUGGCUGCGUGGCCCUGGGCGGGGAGGCGUGGCGCGCCGUGGAGAUCGCCAACUCGGCGGCCGCGGAGGCGCGCUUCCAGUUCGACGUGGACGCCGCGGGGCACAGCGUCUUCGCCGUGGACCCGCCCUGCGGCACGUUGCCUGGCAACGGCCGGCUCACCCUGCGCGUGCGCUUCCGUCCUCAGCACCCCAUCGCCCACCACCGGAGGGCGCCCUGUCUGCUGCUGCACAGGGAACCUCUGUUCCUGGACAUGAUCGGCACCUGUCACUCAGAGCAGCUGAAACCGGCCGUCCUGAGGCCGAAACACCUGCGGCUGUACGACCUGCACCUGGCGCGGGGGCUCACCCGUUACCCUCCCGACAUCCUGAGCGCCAUGCUGACGGAGGGGAGGCUGCGGCUCGACCAGGAGGGGGCGCUCCUGCUGCCGGAGGUCAGUCCCGCGCGUGAGCCGAGCGGCGCUGCUGGGAAGGCUGCCCUUGAGCGCCCCCCUGUGGAGAGCGGCGUGUUGCCCGAGAGGGAUCCCGUGGAGGAGUACUUUCGGGAGGGCGGGGCUGAGCCGGCGGGCGUGGCCGCAGGGACGGGGGCGGGGCCUCACGUCACGGCGGACCCCGCCGAGCUCCUGUUCCGGGGCGGGGCUCGCUCCCUCCCCCUCUCCGUCGCCAAUCGCACCAAGGGCCGGCUCAGCCUGACGUGGACCACCGCCCCCGGCUCGCCCUUCUCCGUGUCCCCCCAGUCCUGCGACCUGCCCCCCCUGAAGAGCACCGCCUUCAGGGUCACGUACGCCCCCCUGCAGCACAACACCCUCCACGCUGCUCAGCUGGAGUGCUUUGCCUGGUACAAGGUUCUGCGGGACCAUCGGCUGGUGGAGGAGCCCACUCUGUGCCCUCCCUGGUGCGUGACCGUCAGGGUCAGCGGCCACUCCUUCCAGCCCGGCUGCGAGCACUUCACGCCCCGCUUCUCCCUGCAGCGCCCCCUGGUGGUGUUCCCCGCGCUGGCUGAGGUGUGCUACAGGACGGUACUCCUGCAGAACGAGGGGGACCUGCCCCUGGCCUUCAGGCUGGGCUCUGAGGGGACCCCCUCGGUCAGCGCGCACCCCCCGAGCGGCCUGGUGCACCCCGGGGCCCACCAGAUCCUGACCCUGAGGGCGGUCCCGCAGGGGGACCCCGCCCACGCGCUGUCCGUCUCUGUGCAGUUCAACGCCUCCCCCAAAUACACACAGGCCCUGACGGUGGUCCGUGUUGUGGAGAGGCCGCGGGUGGCUCUGGAGGGGGACGGCGCGCUGUUCUUCAGACCCACGGCGGUGGGCUACAGCUCGGUCCGCUCUCACGCCCUGACGAACACAAGCCGCCUCCCCCUGCACUUUCACUGGCGAAUCCCCAGCCCCGACGGCCGCGUGCUCUCCGUCCAACCGGAGAGCGGCGUCCUGCAGCCCAACGAGGCCCGGGUGCUGAAGUGGUCCUUCUCGCCAUUGGCCGAAAUGCAGUACACUCUGAGGCCCUGCCUGACCUUCUGGCCAACCCAGUUGCCUGGAAGCAAGAAGUCCCGCCUCUUUCUCCAGGUGGUGGGGCUGGCCUCCACAGGUUCCCUCCAGGCAGAGCAGGCCGUGACGGACCUGGGCCAGCUGCUGGCUGGCAGCUGCCAGUCAUGUGACCUGCCGCUGAUCAACGACGGCCCCUGCCCCCUCAGCUUCUCCCUGGAGGUGAAGCAGUGCAUCGUGGGUCCCGGGCUGGAGGAGGAGGACGGUGACGGGGACGCUGUGGCGCUACAGCUGGGCUGUCACAGAGGCACGGUGCCGGCCCGGUCCAGGAUGGUGCUGCGGUCCACGGUGAGACCGGCCUGUAGAGCCCAGUACUGCUGGACCAUCAGCUACCGGAUCCUCAGCUCAUCCGGCUCAGAGCUGGCGGGGCCGGCGCACCUGUGCCAGGUGAAGGCCGAGGGCGUGUUCCCGGUGCUGCAGGUGACGGACGCGCGGGGGAGCGGGGGCGUGGCGGGCCUGAGCAAGCUGCAGCUGUGGGGGCUCUUCUCCCUGGACGCCCUCAACGCCUACCUGCGCCGUGACCCCACCCCGCCCGAACUCACCUACAGGGUGCCCACGCGACACAGUCUCCAGGGCUCUCCCUGCUUCCUGACUCCAGUGCUGCUGGACUUCAGCUUCAGUGCAGCACCGUUGGGCUCAGAAGCCUCCAGUGUGCUGCUCAUGCUGGAGAACCCGGGAAGCAUCCCUGUGGACUGGUGCUUCCUGUUCCCGGAGGACCAGCAGCUGGAGCUGGAGUGCUGGGCGGAGAGCGUGGAGUUCAGCCCCGCGGAGCUGCAGCAGAUGAAGGUGCAGGAGCACAGGCUGUUCUCCGUUUCCCCCCGCUCGGGAACGCUGCACCCUGGCCAGCAGAGGGCAGUGCAGCUCACUCACAGGCAUGACUUUGCUGGAAGUGACCUCCUCCCAGUCCUUCUGAAAUUAUCCCAUGGCAGAGAAAUCCUGCUGAACUUCCUCGGCGUGACGGUGGAGAGAGACAGGCCGUAUGUUCACUUCCCCUCCAGCCGACACACCUUCACACCUGUGCCCAUCGGGGGGUUCAGCCCCCCGAAACAGGUGUAUGAGCUGUAUAAUAGAGUGGACGUCCCUGUGCACGUGCUGGAGGGGGACUCGGCGCUGGUGCGGUUCGAGGGCCGGGGGUGGGACAGCCGCUCCGCGGGGGAGGUGCCCCCGGCGCAGCUCCAGGGCUGCGCCCCCUCUGUGCCCAGCACACAGCGGGUGGCCUUACCUGGGCAGCUGGUGUUCCUGUCAGAAGAGCGCGUCUCUCUGGGAGAUAUCCCUGUCUGCUCCCGCAGCACCCGCAUCCUCUUCCUCACCAAUGUCUCCCUCACAGAGAGAGUCCUCUACACCUGGAACUUGCCCCAAGACCGCAGCCAGCAGGUGCAGGUGGUUCCUGACUCUGGGCUCUUGGAUGCAGGACAGAGUGCUCUCUGCAUCCUCACCUUACAGGCCUCUGGCACCCCCAGCUUCUACCUGCUGGACCUCAUCUGCCAGGUGACCACAGAGAGAGCCAUGGCGCAGCACGAGGACGAGCUGCAGCGGUGGGAGAAGGAGAGAGAGAGGCAGGGGAAUGAGUUCACCUUCACAGAGCAGGGCAUCGAGCCUCCCGCUCACGCCCUCCUGGAGAAGGACGCCCCGGAGUGUGUAACAUCCGCACACAGCGCAGGCACUACAAUUAGGAAGUACAAGACUCUGCCUCCCAUAUGCAGCAGCGACGGUGAUCUGUUUGGGGUGACGGGCGAGGCGCCGAGGCUCGCAGGCCGAGGCGAGGAGGCGACUGCUGCUCCUGCGAGGCGCCGCCAGUCUGAGGAGUUCCAGAGCUGCUUCCCCUCCCGCCUCAACUCGCACUGCUACCUGGAGCGCACCUGUCCCAAAUGUUUUUACAGAACUCUGAAGCCUAAAUUGCCCUGCCUCACCCACUCUGGGGACAGAUCACUGUUCAGCCAUGGUACAGAAAGAGAGAUCAUCACUCAUACUGUCUCCUGCAUCCUUAGGGGCCUCCUGGAUGACCCCCAGUUCCAGCAGUCUUUAGUGGACAGCUCGGCAGACCCUGUGCCUUAUUUCAGUCAGAUACGAUCCCAGCCCCAGCGAUUCUCUUCUGCAGAGAGGCCCUCUCUGGACCACAGCCCUGAGUCACAGCUCUGUCAGGACACACUGUUGGAGUCACAGCUCCAACAGGACACAAGUCUGGAGUCACAGCUCCAACAGGACACAAGUCUGGAGUCACAGCUCCAUCAGAACACACUGCUGGAGUCACUGCUUCAAGAGGACAUGCUGCAUGAGUCACAGCUCCAUGAGGAUGCUAUGAGCGAGUCCCAGCUCAGUAAUGACUCUCUGCGCGAGUCAGACGAGGAGCAGGGGUUACAGGAGGCCAUCCGCAGGCUGCCGGAGUUUGCUGACCUGGUUGAGGAUGUGCUGCUGAACACACUGCAGAACCUGAUGACCGAAGCUUUCCUGGGGGAGGUGCUUCUGACGGCCCGCCCACGCACCAUCGCGCUGCCGCCGUCCUCAGCCAGGAAAUCUCCCAAGUGCGGCUCGAGGAAGCCUUCUGGAGGCACAGCUGGGAUUGAGAAAACUACAGAUCCCAUCUUCCCCCAGCAGGCCAGCCUGUAGGAGCAGCAGGGAAGUUAUUUAAUCAGAUAGUGGAAGGACGUUUUAUUUUUAACCUUUAAUUCCUUUUUGAAAAUAAUCUCUGUAUCAUGUCUUGAAAGGCAUUGUUAUAAAUCUAAAUAUUCCAAACAGUUUUUCAGGCAUUUCAACAUUUAUGCUUGCCAUUAUGCAGUCCAGAUGUAUUCAUUUGACCUUUAUAUGCACAAAUGUAAAAUAAAACUGCAGCAUUGCGCUGAGCCAAGCAGAACCCUAAAUCAUGAAAAUCUCAUCAAAAACUAAAGCAUUUGCACCGAUGUCUGGGAUCCACUCCUGCCUGUGUCUAGAAACUAACAACUGUCACUGUGGGAGAAACCUGUAGAGAGCAGCCUCAUCACUUACUCUAAAAUGGGGAAGUAAGAUGUCUUUAUUUAAAGAUUAAACUUGCAUGGAAUGUUUCUAUGGUUUUAACUACUGAAAUCCAAGUUAAAUAUGCUGUAAUAACACUGUGACCACUAGGUGAGGUUCCCUGAGUGAGGAAGAAGUAAAUG